CGCUCAGACCGGAGACUCACUCCGUGUUCGUGCAGUUUACUAGGCAUCUGCGUGUGUGCAUGUGUGUGAGAGUGCGUGUGUGAAUGCGAACAACUUAUUACUAUAUUUUUUUUAUAUUUUCUAAAACAUAUUUCAAUUAUUGUGCAGUGUAAGCAAGCCGGGCCUAGGGUGAGUUAGUCCGAAACGGAAAGAGAAAGACUUUUUUUCCCCUUAAUUACGCAGCUACCAAAAUAAGUUCCCUACGUUUAUGUCUUAGAAAGUACGCAGAAUUCUGAUACAAUCUAUCAUUCUAUCGAGGUUCAUAGAUGCUUACAGGGUCAUCUUUGGAGGCUGUCAGCUUUUACCAGUGCCUUUUAAAUGUCGUUCAUGUCUGUAGUCUUGUAGGCUCUAGCUUUUAACAGCACCAGUAACGCGUAAUAAUAGCCAUACACACUGAAACAAUGUUAAAGACGCUGACCAAGAAGCUAAGAAGACAUUCACUCAAUGAAAUACACCCAUUUCAACUAAAGAUUUCUUACCAUGGCAGCGGCGAAGGCGGAGAGAGUGAUGACUCUGAGGGUGAGAACCAGGAACUUGCACAAAUUGACAGAGAGAGGCGGAGAAACUGCGCCCUCACUCCCUUGGCCACCAGUCAGCAACACAACCAGGGUCCUCUGUCCCCUGCACGGCUACGUCGUCUUCGUCUCCUUCUAGACGCCAAUCUUGACCGGCAUUCUUCAGAAGAAGAACUGGAGAGGAUCAGCUGUGGCGACAACAGGAAAUGGGUGUCGGCUUUCCACGGACGUCAUGGUGAUCACCAUAGCAGCGCAUCUAGUGACGAGGAAGUACGGGACCUGUGUGGAUGUGGGUCUCCAGCUGGUAACAGAGCCCUGGAGCCCGGUGCGUGCCUGGCCACGUCCCCCAGCCCUGUCCUGUUCAGCUCCAGCCCCCCGCGGACUCUCAAACCCCCCUCUAUGAGGUUUCAGCUGCAGGUGGUACAACCCGUCACACGUCCCAUCAUCCUCACACACUUCGACCAGGCCGCACCAUACAGGAAGUACAGGCACAGUUAUGGAGGGGAGCUGGGGAGGCCCAGUCUAGACCUGGAGAAGAUGCAACAGAAAAUGCUCCUAAAGAAAAACUGUGGAGGAAAAACUCGGACAAUAAAGAUUCGGAACUUGACCAGCAGCAGCCGCCCUCCUCCCAGAUACACCUACGACCCAUCCAUCUUUGCGUUUCGAUCCCUCAGCACGGUGCCCCCCUGCAGCCCCCUCAACUCCAGUGAGGACCCUCCCUGCUCAUAAGGAAAUCCACUCAGCCCUGCCGUAGUGACCCAGCUCCCAGCGCCCUGUUCUGCAUUCCCAGCCAGACAGCCGCUUUCAUGUGGCUUCUGCUGCCGAGACCAACAAGUGACUGUUAAAGACUGACAGCUUUAGAGGCACACUUAAGACACAUGUCCGCUGGUCUAACUCUUGCACACUCAGGUAAUCCUGCUCCUAAUGCUGAAACAGGCUAAACUACACACUAAAGUCCAAGGGUAUUUCAGGUAUUGCAUGUCUCAAAAUCCUAAAAUGUUACUGUUUUUAUGGUGAUGAAACAGAUGGGGCAAAUAAUACAAAAGAAACUUGGAUGAUUUUGAAGUUAAACAAUGCAUGUAAGACAAUCAUUGGUACCAAGAUGUCUUCCUUACGAUGAUAAGAUUCUUGGUAAUACUACGUAAUCGACACAUUGAGUCAUCUUAUUGUUAAACUAAAGGGCAGUUUUUGUCUAACUCUUUGGCUAUGAAUAUACAGGUCAUGAGAUAUAACCAACUGUAAUGACUGUAGUUGAAUAGUCGAUUUUUGAUGAUGUAAUGUGUGUUUUAAUGACUGUCACUUGUAGUCAAAGUUGAGUACAUGUAUCUUCUUUCCUUGCAUGGAUUCCAGUGAUUGCAGAAAGGAGAGGUGUCAAUAUGAGAUGACAGUAGUAACUGCACAUUUGGCAAAGUGUAAUCUGUGUUCUGCAUAGCCUACUUUAUAGUGUGCCAUGAUUUUAAAUACUACUGUAAUUCAUUACUUGGAGGUAGAAGAGGAUCAAUUGUGUAUAGACAUUUUAGUGUCUUUACAAGUCCCUUAAUGCCUCAGGGUGAGAUUACGGCUGUAUGAAAUGCUAGUUCUCGGUUCAACACAGAUUGUAAUGAAUUUGAUGGACGAAACAUCACUCUAGACAAGGACACUGCUGAAGAGAAGGUAACAUUGUGACUGAUGUCCAUGUUGCACAAAAUGAACCAAUAAACGCCCUGUGGCCUCUUGUUUGGGCAA